AUGCCUCGUCUUAACCACGGUUCACAGCUUGCCGUGCAUAUCAAGUGGGCUAUCUGUGCCCACUAUGUCGCCAACCCCCAGUUGCGCCACGUCGACCUUGCGCGCUGGUGUUUUACCUGCUUCGGCAUUAGGCCCGACCGUUCGACGAUCGGGCGCGUUCAGAAAGGCGCAGAACGAUGGGCCGCGACGGCGACGAACAACAACAUCGUCCAUGUGAGGGGCGGCGCACACCCCACACUUGAGCGCGCCAUGGCCGCUUGGAUUGCCAAUGUGGGGCCGGCCGGCAUUCCCCUCAUGCUCGCCACCAUCCGCGACCACGUCGCUAACAUGGCUCGCGACAUGGAUGAGGUUCCGGCGGACUUUCGGUGCUCGACCGGAUGGCUUGAGCACGUCUGCGAUGGCGGCAACGGCGGUACCACUGAGCUCGACGAGGCUCUGGGCGAUGUGGGGAUCCUUAUCGACCGCCUUGGCCUUGGGCCUUCGGCGAUGCCGGCCGCGGAGUUCGUGCGCGUCGACGACAAUCAGCCGACUUGCGCCGAGCCGGGCGAGGACCCGUUGGCGAUGGAGCCACCGAAUGUGCAGACGCCAGAGAUGUGGGAAGCUCCUGCCAACAUGCAGGCCGUCUAUGACGACGCCAAUCCAGCUUGCCGUGAAGCACGGCGCUACGCACGUGCUGCGAGCGAAAUGCUCAUCGGCUACGCAAAGACGACCGGCAUCACCCUGCGUGACCUCUGCUCGCUGUUCAACAUCCGCAACCCCAUCAUUAGGGCCCGAAUGGAGCGCGCAAGUCCGCCGCUCAAUCUGAACCAGACCCCACCUCCCACCACGCCCGUCGGCUCGACCCCGCCGGCGGAGACCCCUCGCCGCCAUGGGUGUGUGCUGCCGGCGUGGAUGACAGCGCCAACACCGCGUUGGGUGACCCUGGCUCAGCAGGCGGCUCGCCGCCAGGAGCUCAUUGAAGCAGGGGCGCUCGCCGUUAUGGGCGGCUUCCUGGAUGCGGCCGAGUGGAUGAGGCUGUGA